CUCUGACACUGUCUUAUGUAGAACUUGUAAGCAUUGUUUCUUAGAACUCGCUGUAUCCCUAGGAGAACAUGCUGUCUUGCUUAGAACUGAAUGUAUUGAUAGGAGAACUCGCUGAUUGAUAGGAGAAUAUGCUGUCUUGCUUAGAACUGGAUGUAUUGAUAGGAGAAUGUUUAUGCUUGGCCUUUUUCAAAUUUUAAAAUCCAUUUUUUUUUACAAAAUUUAUUUUAAAAAUUAAAAAAACUUAGCAAAUUAAAAAAACCCUACCACUUAGUCACGUACUCACGUAGCCGUAACUUAGGCUUAGGUUAGAAGUUAGAAUAAUCAAAACAUCAAACUUCCAAACAAAAGCUUGAGAGAAAAUGGGAUCAAUGAACGACACAGAAGAUCAGGGUACUUUUGAUUCAAGCUACUCGCCACCCGAUACCGUGGACUUUGAGACUCAACAAGUCUUAGGCAGACUUGCUGCAGCCGAUGCUAUUGCUGCUGAGGUCGCUGAUGGUGGAACUGAUGGAAAGAAGCAACAAAGGAAAAGAAGGCUCAUCAGUCUUGUCGAUUCAGAAGAAGAUUCAGAUGUUGAAAUCACUCCCCCUAUCCAAACAAGGAAGCCUCGCAGGCAAACAACUUUUGGAACAGCCACGGGGAAGUCCAUGUUGCAAUCCACUCUGGAUGGUGGUAGUGGCUCGUCCAAACGGGCUUGUAGUCAGAAGAAUGUUCCUUUGAAAGCCGUGAUUCGUGGAGGGAGAAGAAAGGCAUCCACUCAGGCGCGAAAAAACAAAGGUUCCUCUAGUCAGUCGCAGAAGAAGAAGAACAAGAUCCAAGAGGACAUACCGGACUUUGAUGAUGAUUUCGAAGAAGUUGAGUUGGAUGAGGCUGAAAAUGAUUUGGAAGAUAUGGAGAAUAGGCAAAGAUCAGACGUGUGGAAAGAUUUCAAGGUGAUUGAAAAAGGCAAUGGAGAUUUGAAAGCUGUAUGCAACCAUUGCAAGAAUGAGUAUGCAUGGUAUUCUCACUCGCAUGGAACAAGUGGGCUGAGAAGGCAUCGGCUGAGAUGUAACAUGUAUCCACGGGAUGGUGAAAGGCAGCAGCAGCUCAAUACCGAGGCGAAAGUAGUAUCUCGCAAGUAUGAUCACACUGUCUUUAGGCAGCUGGUAGCUAAGACAAUUGUCCAGCAUGAUCUACCUUACUCUUACGUGGAGUAUGAAAGAGUGAGAGAGACUUGGAAGUAUUUGAAUAUUGAUGUCAAAACCAUCUGUCGAAACACGGCGAAGUCAGAUGUGUAUCGGUUGUAUGAAAGCGAGAGAGACGCACUUAAACGGGAAUUAGAGAGUCUUCCUGGACGAGUCUCCUUCACAUCUGACUUGUGGACUUCAGUGAAGCGUGAAGGAUACAUGUGUGUUACAGCACAUUACAUUGAUCGGAACUGGAAGUUGAAUAGCAAGAUCCUGUCAUUCAGUGCUCUUCCACCACCACAUAACGGUAUGAAUGUUGCGAUUCACCUCCUUGAUACACUGAAAGAGUGGGGUGUCGAUAAAAAGGUGUUCUCUAUCACCUUAGAUAAUGCUACAAGUAAUGACUCGAUGCAAGAUAUUGUGAAAUCACAGAUGAAUUUGACUGAUGACUUGUUGUGUGGAGGUGAGUUUUUUCAUGUCAGAUGUGCAGCUCACAUACUUAACCUGAUAGUGCAAGAUGGAUUGAAGGUUAUUGGAGGCGCUGUGCACAAAAUAAGAGAGAGUGUUAAGUAUGUGCUGGCAUCGGAAACGCGUGAAGAGUUGUUUGAAAAAUGCGUGAAAGCCGCAUGUAUAACUGAAAACGCGGGUUUGAUAUUGGAUGUGUCGACAAGGUGGAACUCGACUUACUAUAUGCUUGAAAGGGCCAUCAGGUACCAUAAAGCAUUUGUUAAGUUGGAGACCUUUGAUAGGAGAGGUUAUAAAGUGGCGCCUACAGCUGAGGAAUGGACACGAGCUGACAAUAUAUGCCAAUUUCUGUGCCCUUUCGCAGAGAUCACAUCACUGAUGUCAGGUUCUAAUUACCCCACAUCCAACUUGUAUUUCUAUCAGGUUUGGUCGAUCCAUGAGUGGCUUCAAAUAAAUGAGUACAGCGAGGAUGAGAUUGUCAGAAAAAUGGUGCCACCAAUGAAAGAGAAGUUUGAUAAGUAUUGGGAUGAAGUUAGUUGUCUUUUUGCAAUGGCCGCAGUCUUUGAUCCACGUUUCAAGCUUUCAAUUGUCGAGUGUUGCUUAGGGAAGCUUGACAUGAGUACACGUGAUGCAAAGAUAAAGAACUUGCGCCAAAAGCUGAGCAUUCUGUUCGAGUCUUAUGACAAGAAGUCCAAGGCUAACUCACCUUCUACAGAGCCACGUGAGACGGUUCCACAAAAUACCAAUUCUGCAGGAUCAAAAGGACUGUUUAAGAACUACCAUGCAUUCUUUGCAUUUCGCAAAGUCAACGGUGCAGCUACUGGAAAGACAGCUCUAGAAGCUUAUCUUGAUGAACCUCCCUUGGACGUUGAUAGUUUAGAGAGCUUGGACAUUCUCCAAUUCUGGAAAACUAACACUCAUCGUUAUGGUGAUUUGGCUGCAAUGGCUUGUGACCUGCUUAGCAUUCCUAUCACAACAGUGGCUUCAGAGUCCUCAUUUAGCAUCGGGUCGCGAGUUCUUAACAAAUACAGGAGCCGUCUACUCCCCAAAAAUGUGCAAGCUUUGAUAUGUACUAGAAACUGGAUCAAGGGAUAUGAGGCUUAUGAAAAUGAAGAUGAAAUUGAUCCUAAAGUUGAAGAGGAGAUCGACUCCAUUGCCAAUGUGGAGGAAGCUGAAGUUGCAGAAGUUUGAUAUGUUGCUGGAUUUUCUGUUUUAGUUUAUUACAAGUUGAGAUUUCAUGUUUAAGUUUCUUGCAUUUGUUUCAGUAAUUAUAAUUUGGUGUUUUUGCUUUAUUACGUUGUUGUUACAGCAACGAAAAAGACUCCUAUGAUUUGGUAUUUUCUGGUUUGUUUUCUUACAUUGGUGUUUUGUUUCUGGACAAAAAAAGACUAUUUAA